AUGACAGGAUCAUUUGGGUCAACGUCCGCGGAUAAGAAGCUUGAGACAGAGUGAGAAGGCAUCCUAUGGGAAUAUAUAUUGGAUAAGAAAGAUUUACAGAAUGUCCGCUGGAAGAAUAUUGAAUGAGAAGAAGACGGAUUGGAAGUCAAUGUGGAUCUGCAUCUUCCUUCAGUUCAUCGUCGGCAUUCAAAUUUCCGUGUAUUACAUGUCUAUGUGGCCAUACUUGAGUGGAGUAGGUUGAAGGAAUCAUUCAGUUCUCAAGAUUGUCUCACUUCAGCUUGACAAAACCGCCGACGUGGACUUCUUAGGAUGGGUGGUGGCUUCAUGCAGUAUCGGGUGCACAAUUGUAGGCCCCAUCUUUCUGUCUUCCACAGUUUCUGCUUUCAGUCAAAUCCAAUCUACGGGUACUGGAAUCAAAAGACAAUGUCCGUGAAGUGGCCUGUAAUCACUGGAUUCUUGAUCGCAGGGGUCGGUCAGGCAUGGUACGGACUAUUGGGAAUGGGCUCGAAUGUUAAAUGGGUGAUGCUCGUGGCUCGGAUGCUCACUGGGCUCGGCGUCGGGAACAUUGCCGCCCUCCGGGUGUACGCAGCCAUGGCAUCCACUCCCGAGGACAGAAUGAGAGCGAUUUCGUUCGGAACUGGAGGCUUCGUUUUGGGUAUUUCUUUCGGACCGGUCAUAUCAGUUAGUUCGUCUCGGAUUCUGCAGAGUUCCGAUUGAUUUCAGGCAGCAUUCACUCCUCUGGGCACAGAUGGCCUCAAACUGGGAGUGAUUGUGUUCAACAUGUACACAGUUGUUGCGUUUUUGAUGGCAUUGCUCUGUCUAUUCGCUUGCACAGUCAUUUAUUUUCUCUUCGAAGAGAGUUACGUUGGUAUUGUAACGAAAGAAGAGAAGGCGAAUGAGGACUUGGUGGUGCCGAUGUUCGAUAUUCCCGGCGCCAUCAUCUGCAUUUAUCUGUUCAUGAUUGUCAAUAUCAUCGCUACAAAUAUCGAAGUGUUCGUUACAAAAUACACAAAAAACUAUCAUCUAUCUCUCUCUCUCUUUCUCUUGUUUUCAGAAUGUCCACUCCUUUGACAACUGUUUUGUACGACUGGAAGGACAGCGAUUCUAUUUUGUACAACGGAAUUACUCUCGCAAUAAGCUGCGUCAUUUCGGUAGCAUUUAAUGUCGCCUUGGGAGCCACUAGAAUCGGCAAAAUGUGAGUGAACUGAAUGUCAUUUCAAUUUUUAUCACUGCUGACUGUUUAGUGACAAACGGAAUCAGAUGCUCAUCGGAAUCUUCGUAUUCCUUCUCUACCAACUGUUCAUGUACCCCUGGGCGUUCUACUCGGGACCACUGAACUUCUUGCCGGAAGGCGUCGAGACCAGUCAUGCCGGAGGAUGUUACGCCGAAUAUCUAUGGUGUAACGAGACAACCCGAGUCCCUCUUUCCGUCUACCUUUUCUGUUUUAUCGUCCUCUUCGGAAUCGCUUUUCCCUUCGUUCAGAGCCCUUCCGCAGCCCUGUAUUCUGAAAUUCUUGGCCCGAGAAAGCAGGGAACAAUGCAGGGUUUCUUCUCGUUGGGCGGUAGCAUUGCUCCAGUCAUUGCAUCCAUCACAUCUACGUUCGAAAUACGAAUUCCUCGAAGUAUCUGAUUUUUCUUUAUUUCAGGGCAAUGUUCAAGUACACCGGCUACCGAUAUGUCAUUGUCCUCCAGGCAAUCAUUCUUUUGGUCGGCGCCGCUCUGAUUGUGCUAUUCUACAAGCACCUGGUUCCAUUGAAAGUGGUAAAGAAGUCUGCGGAUGAAAAAUAA